UCGCUUUAUUAUGAAUUUUUUUCAGCAUGUUGUCCAAUGCUCUCUCAAACCAGUGUACCCAAAAGGAAUCCAUCAUCAAGUGCUUUCGAACAAUGCUCAAUUUUAAGAAGACUGUCAUCUACAUGCCCUAUAGAUGGUAUCGUAUUCUGUGAUGCUGCUCCUGACACUAAUCCAUUGCGCAUGCAAAUCGAGUUCUUCGACGCAGCUGGUAGUGUUGUCCGAACUGUGACGAACACUGGCACCUCACUAGCUGUUACCGUAUUCUGCAACAAUGGUGUUUGGACUGUUGCUAGCGCUACAUCAUCCACAACUUUCAUUCCUAUCUCAUCCGUAUUCCUGAGACGAAUGCCUUCGACGUGCCCUUUGGAUGGUCUCGUCUUCUGUGACGCCGCUCAGGAGACAAACGUAGGUGAACUUUAUACGCAGAAAGAGAGACCGACAGGAUGA